AUGAAGGAACAGCCGCCUGAUCCAGUUGAUCCUGUGGUUCCGGGAUCCACUGGGAGCCAGUGCCCCACCUGGAAGACUGUUGGAGCCGCACCUUUCCAUUCCGAGGAUUCAGGGGGACAUCAGGAAGCAACUACCCUGCUGCACUACUGGCAAGUUGCGAUCAACAGCAUCACAGCUGUCGUCAACCUCGUGGCUGAAUUGUGUUCGGAUUUGCUGGAUGCUUUGGGGAUCGAAGGUGGAGAGCUGGACACGGACCGCGAGACUCUCCGGCGAGCUCUGAGCUGGGGGCUGGCUGCUCUGCUGAUUUACCUGAUCCUCUUGGCAGUCCUGCGUCUGCUGGCCUACCUGGCGGGCCGCCUGCUCUGGUUGGUCAAGCUGGGCCUCUUCUUCCUGGCCGCUGGCUACGUAGUGGCCACCUGUGAUGACGAGAAAAGGAGGAACACCCUGCUCCUGGGCCUGGGCGCUCUCUACCUCCUGCUGGGCCGACUGCCACUCCCAUUCGUGGGUAGCUGUUGCACACCCAACCAGCACCAGCACCAGCACCGCCUAGAGAGCAAGGUCACUGCUCUGGAGCACCAGCUGGCCGAGAUGGAGCGCAAGGUUCACCAGAGAAAACUCUACGACUAUGACUACGACUAGGAAGGGAAGGGGCAUCUUUCAGAACUGAGCGGGAAAAGACCAGCCUAAACACACUCAGGUGAGCCUUGGCACCAGGGCUGGACGCUUGUCGUAUCCUUCCCUGCAAAGUUCUGUUCACAAAAUGAAAACCCCUCCAAGGACAAGUGAGGGGAAAACAAAACACUGGGAGCAUUCUUCUCCCAGUAACUCUCAGGUAUCACCCCAGAUCCAGGCUGCUGUGACCAACUGUUACCACAGGAGAAAGUUUUAAUGUCCUGUGGGAUCGAGGAGAGAUGUGUCACCGAUGAUUUUUUUUGUCCCGCGUAAGAAUGCCAAAUUUCAGAUGUUUGCAGCAAGGGAGAGAAACUGGCAAGUUGACAUUGAUUGGACAAAGUGUCGAAUUACAAGUAAAUUGGCUACCCAUUGCCUGAUGAAUCUCACCGUCUUAUCCACCCUUCCCUUACUGCUUACAAAGUAGCGCAAACACAACUCACAUUGAGUCCCAGUAUCUCGCCUGUCAAAGUGUUACAAUCCCUUCCAUAGUCCCUGGUUUCAAAAGCAAUCCUUUUUCAUUUUAGAUCAAUGUUUUAAAAUACUGAAAAAUAAAAGGAUAUUGUCUA